AUGGCUGCUCCACUAACUCUUGAAAGGAGAAAACCAAAGAAGAAAAAGUACCGUGUACUCAAAGCUGAUAACAAUGAUUCGAGUGAGGAAAAUAGUGACAUGACUUACUUAACCAAAAAGUUUCAGAAGAUGGUCAAAAGAAAUGGAGAAGUGCUGAAAAGGGACAGCUUUAACAGAUCAAAGAACAAUAAUCUUUAUUACAAGUGUGGAAAGGCUAGACACUUUAUGAAAAAUUGUUCUCUCUUAAAGCAAGAAUUCUCCAAGAACUUCAAGAGAAAAAGAUCAGCUGACAAUAUAGUGAAACAUGCUUUUGCAUUUGGUAAGUCUGAAGAUGAAACUGAUGCUGGUGAUAGCUCCAUGAUGACACGUGAAUGCGAGGAAAAUAAAUAUGACUCAACCUUUGCGUUGAUGGCACAACCAAAUGAUGAUGAAGACGAUGACAACAAUGAGUUCACAUUGUAUUACUUCAAUUUUUCUUCUUCUGAUUUUGUCAUAGUUGUUGAUGGAGGUGACAGUCAUGGCUGGCCACGGGCUGAUUCGCCAUUUAUGGUUCCAAAUUGUAAAUUCUGCCGUGCGAAAAAAUUUGAGUAUGAGCCCCCUGGAUUUUGCUGUAACAAUGGUACAGUGAAGUUGACCUCUCAUCGAAUGCCAGCUGAACUGAGAAAUUUAUAUAUUGGAAACAACGCAGAAUCUAAGCAUUUUCGAACGUACAUUAGAACAUAUAAUAAUUUGUUUGCCUUUACGGCACUUGGUGUCAAUUAUGACAAAGAUUUGGCCAAGAGAAAUCGUGGUAUUUAUACAUUCAGAGUUCAAGGACAGAUGUAUCACUUGAUAGACGAUUUAUAUCCCAAAGAAAGAGGGCCAAGAAAUUUGCAACUCUACUUUUACGAUAAUGCAAAUGAGCUUAAAAAUAGAAUGGCUUGCUCAGAUAAAUUAAAUGAAUCGACAGUGAAGGAAUUGAUGGACAUACUAAAGGGUAAUCCAUACUCAAUGUUUCUGCGAUCCUUAACAGACAUGCCAAACUUGCAAAACUUUCAUAUAGCACUAAAAUGUGACGCUGGAUUGGAUCAACGUGUAUAUAAUGUGCCUACUACUACUACUGAAAUUGUAGCAAUAUGGGUUGAUGAAAAUGAUGGUCCUGCUACUCAUGCACCGCAUCUUCAAAUUUAUACUCACAGCGACAGGACACAAAGAGUAAACUAUUAUUUUGGGUGCUAUAACCCUUUACAAUACCCCUUGUUAUUUCCAUAUGGCCAAGGCGGGUGGCACUGUGGUAUUAAGAAGUUUCCGAGAGCAGAAAAUAUUCCUAGAAAUCGCACUUUGUUGAAUUUGAACAAUUACCGUAUAAGGAACGAUGAUGAGGAUGAAAUUUUGCAUACAAGAAGAUUAUUGCAGCAAUAUUCAGUGGAUGAAUAUAUAAAAUUGGAGACACAAAGGUUGGACUUUGUUUCGUUCAAUCAAGAUUUGUUCAGAAUGGGUAUACUGCAAGGACUUCUUGAUAUUUUAAGACUUGGCAAACGAGAUGCUUCCAAUGUUGGAAAACAAACAUUUCUCCCAAAUUCUUUUAUAGGAGGUAAUGAACACAAACUAUUGACAGCAGAGGCAUACGAUGAUAUAAUUAGAGCAGAAUUACUGGAUGACAAGGCAGAACUAGAUUUGCGUAAGCUUGUCAUUAAACAUAUGAUGCAUGGUCCUUGCGGUAGCUUAGAUCCAACAAAUUCUUGUAUGAUGAAAAAAGGGUUACUGCAAGUUCAAAUAUCCAAAAAUGUAAAAGAAUAUCGAUCUGCUAGAUGGGUAUCACCUACGGAAGCUGUAUGGCGUCUCUUUGGUUUUCCUAUAAGUGAAAUGUCUCCCAGCGUUUAUCGUCUUCAACUACAUCUUGAAGGUCAACAAUUUGUUUCUUUUAAGAGUAAUACAGAUAUACAAACAAUUGUGAAUAAUCCAAUGAUAAAAAAACCAAUGCUAACCGAAUUCUUCUACAUGAACGACAGUGAUGAAGAUGCUAAAGAGCUCAAUUUACUAUACAAAGAAUUUCCUGAAUAUUUUGUGUGGUCGUCCAGUGACAAAUUUUGGGCACGCAGACAAAAACGUUGUGCUGUUGGUCGUAUUGUGACAUGCCAUCCAAUAGAAGGAGAACGAUAUUACCUUAGGUUAUUAUUGAUGCAUGUACGAGGGUGGACGUCCUAUAAGGAUCUUUUGACAGUAAAUGGAGAGCCUUGUAGUACUUUUAGAGAGUCUUUAGAUAAAAGAGGAUUGUUACACUGUGAUAAUAACUUGAUAGAAUGUAUGUCUGAAGCCGCAAGUUACCAAAUGCCAUAUAGUUUAAGGCGUUUAUUUGCUACAUUGUUGGUGUAUUGUGGUCCUGUCAACCCUAGAAAAUUAUGGGAAUAA